AUGCCUCAAAGACUCCCACGAAACCCUUUUGCCAGUUCUACCACAAGUGCGGUUGCCAUACCGCCAACAGACAAGGUCUCUCCCCGAAGACCGUCGACGUCCAAGGGAAACCGAUUGACUCAAUUCUUCUCAUCUUCGCCCAAGAGCAAAGAGCAGCAAUCGGCACAAGAGGCACUUCUCGCUGCCGUUGCAGCACAACAGCAGUACCUCCUCAACAACCCAUCACCACAAAUUAGUGCUCCUUCUCUUUCAUUACCGACAAUUUCACUAUCCACCGCGAAAGCUGGCGAGGCGAACAUGGAUGAGCCUCCUACCACUCUGUUCCAACCACCUUCCUUCGCGGAAGCAAAGAGACAAGCAAGAAUUGAUGCUCAAUUCGGCCCGCUUGGCAGCCAGAGUCAUCGAUAUGUGAGCAAACACAUGGGUGGAGCGCUCUCAAAGCCGGUCAUAGACGAGCCACCAUACUACUACGUUUUGACAACCUACAUCUCAUAUCUCAUUCUCAUUAUAUUCGGACACGUUAGGGACUUCUUUGGAAAGCGUUUCAGACCAGACCACUACAGACACUUAAAGGCCGCCAAUGGCUACGCCGCGCUCAACAGCGACUUUGACAAUUUCUACGUACGACGACUCAAGUUGAGAAUCGAUGACUGCUUCGCGAGACCAAUUACUGGAGUUCCUGGUAGAUAUGUUUCCUUGAUCGACCGCAAGACGGAUGAUUUCAACAAGAACUACCAAUUCACCGGUACUUACACAGAAACUCUCAACAUGAGUUCCUACAACUACUUGGGUUUUGCUCAAUCCGAGGGACCUUGUGCGGAUGCUGUUGAGGAGACCAUUAAGAAGUACGGAAUCAGUGCUACCAGCCCUCGUGCUGAUGCCGGUACUUCUGAUUUGGUCCUGGAGGUCGAAGAGCGAAUCGCCAAAUUUGUCGGAAAGCCCGCCGCCAUGGUCUUCUCGAUGGGGUUCUCAACCAAUGCCACCUCGUUCCCAGCCUUGGUUGGAAAGGGUGAUUUGAUUAUUUCGGAUGAACUCAACCACGCCUCUAUCCGUAUUGGAGCACGUCUCUCCGGAGCCAUGAUCACCUCGUUCAAGCACAAUGAUAUGGAAGACUUGGAGCGUAUUCUACGUGAAAACAUCUCUCAAGGUCAGCCACGUACUCAUCGACCAUGGAAAAAGAUCUUGGUCGUCGUUGAAGGCCUCUACUCCAUGGAAGGAACAAUGUGCGAUCUUCCCGGUCUUUUGGAACUCAAGAAGAGAUACAAGUACAACCUCUUUGUCGAUGAAGCACAUUCAAUUGGAGCUCUUGGCCCACGUGGUCGUGGUGUAUGUGACUACUUCGGUAUCGAUCCUGCUGAGGUUGACAUUCUCAUGGGUACAUUGACCAAGUCUUUCGGUGCCAAUGGUGGAUAUGUCGCUGCUGAGAAGCACAUUAUCGACAAACUUCGAUCUACAAACGCAGCCACUAUCUACGGCGAAUCCCCAACCCCUCCAGUUCUCAUGCAAAUUCUUAGCGCUCUCAAGAUUAUCCAGGGUGAGAUCAACCCAGGCCAAGGCGAGGAGCGUCUGCAGCGCAUCGCUUUCAACUCUCGAUAUCUUCGUUUGGGAUUGAAGCGUCUCGGUUUCAUUGUUUACGGUCACGACGACUCGCCAAUCAUUCCAAUCGUAUUAUACAACCCCGCCAAGAUGCCCGCUUUCUCACAUGAAAUGCUUCGUCGAAAGAUUUCGGUUGUCAUUGUCGGAUACCCCGCCACUCCACUCAUCUCUUCUCGCGCUCGAUUCUGCGUUUCCGCAGCUCACAACAAGGACGACAUGGACCGUUUGCUCGCCGCAUGUGACGAGAUUGGCAAUGUUCUCCAGCUCAAAUUCUCUACCGGCGUUGCUGGAGGAGCAGAACAUCUUCCUGACGGAGUUACCCCAGAAAUGGAGGAUGAGUGGAGGAAAGCCAACGGCUUACAAGGCGUGGUUCAAGCUCCUCGUUGGACAUUACGGGAGGUCAUCGCGAAUGGUGUACAAGAUGUUAAGCAGCCACUUCGGUAA